AUGGGUUUACUAAAGUCUCAUCGGGAGGAAAGUGAGGAUUCUCAAGAUGUCAAGACUACUCUCAAUGCCGUCCACCUCGAAGUCGGUGGUGCCGAGGAACUGCUUCACGUCGCUGAGCGGGUGGCCGAGAUUCGGUGCAGCCCAUGGACCAAGAGCAUGUUCCGGCUGUAUGGAUGCCUGCUGAUCUCCUACUUCUUGUCUGACUCAAAUGACAGAGGAACUACAGGAUCGCAAGUCGGGUUCAUCAUGGCAGUCUACAACAUUGGCUCUGUGGCCGCGAUCCCUUUUACGGGCCCUGUUAACGACUAUUUCGGCCGACGCGUUGGUAUGCUUGCUGGCGCUAUCCUGAUCAUACUUGGAACAUGCAUCCAGGCACCCGCACACAAUAUCCAGAUGUUCAUCGGUGGUCGCUUUAUCCUCGGGUUUGGGGUUUGUUUCUGCUCCGUCAGUGCGCCAUGCUAUGUUAGUGAGAUGUCUCAUCCCAAGUUUCGCGGAGUCCACACGGGGCUGUAUAACUGCAUGUGGUGGCUCGGCUCCAUUAUAGCAAGCUGGACAAUCUACGGCUGCGCAAAAUGGGACAACUCCUACGCAUUCCGAAUCCCCAUCUGGUGCCAACUCCUCUCCUCUGUAAUUGUUGCAAGCGGAAUCUGGUUCAUCCCAGAAUCCCCGCGGUGGCUGAUUGCAAACGGCAAAACCGAGCAAGCUCGGGCAGUCCUGACUCGAUAUCAUGGGGAGGGCUCAGAGAUACAUCCAAUCGUAGUUCUGCAAAUGAUCGAGAUGCAACAUACCAUCCGCCAAGACGCCUCGGACAAGAACUGGUGGGAUUACAAAGAACUUAUCGGCACCCACUCCGCGCGUCGUCGGCUUAUCUGCGUCUUAGGUAUGGCGUGUUUCGGGCAACUGAGCGGCAAUUCAGUCACAGGGUACUACCUCCCUGUGAUGAUCGCGAAUGCGGGGAUAACAUCUGAAGAAACACAACUGCUGAUUAACGGAUUAAACCCUGUGAUCUGUUUUAUAGCAGCUAUUAUUGGCGCACAGUAUUGCGAUAAGAUCGGCCGCAGACCUCUCUUGCUUGUCUCAAUUGCUUGCUGCUCUGUCUGCUUCGCAGUUAUCGCCGGGACAUCCAAGGCGGCGAUUGAAGGAAAUCCCUACGCGGCAAACGUCACAAUCGUCUUUGUCUUCAUCUUCGGUGCGAUCUUUUCCUUUGGCUGGACGCCCCUACAGACGAUGUAUAUCGUUGAGACUCUUACAACCACAACUCGCGCGAAAGGAACAGCGGUGGCCAAUCUUGCCUCAGCGGCAAGUAGUGUCGUGAUUGGGUAUUCCUCUGGCCCAGCAUUUGCAGACAUCGGAUAUUAUUUUUACUUGUUUUUCGUAUUUUGGGAUAUUUUUGAGGGUGUUUUUAUUUACUUCUUCUUUGCUGAGACAAAAGAUAGGACUUUGGAGGAGAUGAAUGAGAUUUUUGAGGCAAAGAACCCGGUUAAGAAGAGUCUCGAGAAGCCCAAUAUCCAAACGGUGUCGAAUACCAUCCAUGCGAAGGCUACAGGGACGGCAUAG